CUAUCGCAGGUGCGUCCAGAGGCUCCGGUUUCACUGAAACGGGUCCCGCCCCAGGAAGGCUCAGUAAGGCUGGUGUUAAAGGAAGGGGACCGGGUACUCCGAGUGGGGCUCGGAGUUUCGAACCACUGGUGGCGGAUUGUCCGCCCGUCCCACGUCCGGGGAUGCGAAGUCUCAGCCUGGCGUGGCUGCUGGGAGGUAUCACCCUUCUGGCGGCCUCGGUCUCCUGCAACCGGACCGUGAAUGCACCGGGACCCAACAGUAAAGGGAGAAGUCUGAUUGGCAGAUUGGACACGCCACCUCCCAUCACUGGGAAAGGGGCUCCAGUUGAACCAAGCUUUUCCGUUGAUGAAUUCUCUGCAUCCGUCCUCACCGGGAAGCUGACCACCGUCUUUCUCCCGGCCAUCUACAUCAUUGUAUUUGUAAUUGGUUUGCCCAGUAAUGGUAUGGCCCUCUGGGUCUUCUUCUUCCGAACGAAGAAGAAACACCCUGCUGUGAUUUACAUGGCCAACCUGGCCUUGGCAGACCUCCUCUCUGUCAUCUGGUUCCCCCUGAAGAUCGCCUACCACCUCCAUGGCAACGACUGGAUCUAUGGGGAUGCGCUCUGCAAGGUGCUCAUUGGCUUUUUCUACGGCAACAUGUACUGCUCCAUCCUUUUCAUGACCUGCCUCAGCGUGCAGAGGUACUGGGUGAUCGUGAACCCCAUGGGACACUCCAGGAAGAGGGCCAACAUCGCUGUUGGCGUCUCCCUGGCGAUCUGGCUCCUGAUUUUUCUGGUCACCAUCCCUCUGUACGUCAUGAAGCAGACCAUCUACAUUCCAGCCUUGAACAUCACCACCUGUCACGACGUGCUGCCCGAGGAGGUCCUGGUGGGGGACAUGUUCAGUUACUUCCUCUCCCUGGCCAUUGGAGUCUUUCUGUUCCCAGCCCUCCUUACUGCGUCUGCCUAUGUGCUCAUGAUCAAAACACUCCGUUCCUCGGCCAUGGAUGAGCACUCGGAGAAGAAAAGGCGGAGGGCUAUCCGCCUCAUCAUCACGGUGCUGUCCAUGUACUUCAUCUGCUUCGCCCCCAGCAACCUGCUGCUCGUCGUGCAUUAUUUCCUCAUCAAAAGCCAGAGGCAGAGCCACGUCUACGCCCUCUACCUUGUCGCCCUCUGCCUGUCCACCCUCAACAGCUGCAUAGACCCCUUUGUCUACUACUUUGUUUCGAAAGAUUUCAGGGACCAGGCCAGAAACGCGCUCCUCUGCCGAAGCGUCCGCACCGUGAAACGCAUGCAGAUAUCGCUCACCUCCAACAAGUUCUCCAGGAAAUCCAGCUCUUACUCCUCCAGCUCAACCAGUGUUAAAACCUCCUACUGAGCUGGGCCUGAGGAUAUGGAGCCGGCUUGACGAUGAUGCUGAUGAUGAUGCUGAUGAUGAUGGUGAUGAUGCUGAUGAUGAUGAUGGUGAUGAUGAUGCUGAUGAUGCUGAUGAUGCUGAUGCUAGUGAUGAUGAUGAUGAUGAUGAUGUAUGUGUGUGUGUGUUCGUGCGUGCGUGCGUGCGUGCGUGCGUGCGUGCGUGCGUGCGUGCGUGCGUGUGUGUGUGUGUGUUAGAGAUGCACCACAAUGCACGGGGCUGUCAUUUCCUAUCCAAACUGCUAGUCUCUGCACCAGUCACAAGAAUGAUGGACAUCAGCGUCCGAAACUGAAGGAACCGAGAGGAACAUGCUUGGCAGAAGCGAGGAAGGAAAUUCGUUGACCUGCAGAGAACUAUACCUGGCAAGAAGGUUAAGACCCCCCCUGAAAUGCUUUCUUGUUCAUCUGGAGUCCGUCGUGGCUUUGUCAGGAUCUGAGAUCCUUGUAGAGCUUCAGUCCAGCUGAUAAUGACUCUAUAGACUUGGAAGAUGCGUCUGCGAAUGAGGCUCCUGGCCAGCAUUCCAACUGGUUAACACUGAGCUUGCUGGACGACAGGAUUCAAAUGGCCACAGUGGUUCCGUUCUCACAUGGUUUCAUCAGAACUACUGGGGAUCUUGUUCAGUGUGCAGGUCCCUCAGCCUCAGUGCCCAGGGAGCUCAGAUAUGAGGGGGCCGCUCUACAAAUUUCAGUGAUGUCUGCAUACACAGAACUGCAGAGGCGAGCCCCGUUCCACUUGCCAGGGCAAAGAAAAACCAACAGCAGUGUUUGAGCCUCCUUUUGGUCAGUUUAUGAUGAAUUUCCCUAUGGGUUAACUGGGAUUUCUGGUUCUUUUAUUACCCCUUUGUAGUUUUGUAUGUCUGUAAGUCAACAAAAUGAGGCUCCUAAACAUGUAAAUAAAAAUUUUGUAUAUUUUUCUUUAAUUUUA